AACUUACCACAGUAUCAUAACUCUACCGUACUCCCUCCAGCCUGUCCCCCUUACCCUCAUUCUUUGCAACGUUCGUCAUCGCCCACAAUGUCCGAUAUAGCAAUGCCUGAUGCGGCUCCCUCACCUCCCUCACCAACAAUUCCCUCAAAACGCUCGGUAGACAUUGACCUCACGGAACUACCACGUCCAAUGAAGCACAAAGAGAAGGGGAUCCCCCGUGAGCCCCGCGAGAAGAAGGACUCUUGGAAGAAGAAGGAGUCUUCGAAUGUCCCCUCGCCCAUCGGUACCGGCUCGGGUAAGCAUACUCCUGGCGAUGACUGGCCCGCUUUGAUGCGCUUCCGUCUGCCUCCCCCGCAAGAGCAGGACUAUUACGGACAUCGUGCGCCACCGGUAGCCCCCUGCCCGAUACCGGAAUUGGAGAAUGAAUUCUUUUCCGUCAAUGAUCAGUGAAUUGCCCGCUUGCUGCCCGUUUUGACCUGAUACCCGUGCUGACAUUAAUAGUCCCAUGAAUCGACGGGGUUACCGUUACACGCCCUGCGAAGCGAGUCGCAUGCUACCCACCGUCUCCUACCGAAAUACAGAGUAUGCCCCCUACACUCCACGGAUAAACUUUGAAGACAUGAACGCAGCGGUCCACGUGAAUCGCAACGGUAGCGCCAUCACAACAGCUAAGGGGUGGAGAAUGGCACGCGCGAAUGUCGGUGUUAGGGAGGGAGACUGGUACUACGAGUGCAAAAUAGUCCGUGGGAUCCCGUCGGGUGGUCAUGCUCGUGUUGGGUGGGCACGGCGUGAAGCUCCGUUGGAUGCGCCGGUCGGGUUUGAUGGCUACUCGUAUGGAAUCAGAGAUUUAUCGGGGCAGAAGGUCCACAUGUCCCGUCCGAAGGAUUUCCUGGAAGAGAAUUUUGAGGAGGGAGAUGUUAUCGGGUUGCGAAUCUGCUUGCCAAGUUUGGACGUGCAGAGAGGUCUCACGGAGGACCCGGUGGUCAAAGCUGGAGAUUUGAUACGUGAUCGCAUCCCCAUCAGAUUCAAGAACCAGCUGUGGUUCGAGCAAUUCGAUUACCAGCCCACAAAGGACAUGGAGGAAUUGAUGAACCCGAGCCCAGGCGCUAAAGCUUGCACACCGCCAAAAACACUCCCAGGUUCAUACAUCAAAGUCUACAAGAACGGCAAAUACGUCGGAACACCAUGGGAAGACCUCUUUGCCUUCUUACCCCCCGCCUCGAGACCUUUGGCUACCGCGGGUGGACGAGAACUCGACGAUGGAACGUUGGGCUAUUACCCCGCUGUUAGCGUGUUCAAAGGUGCUAUUGUUGAGACAAACUUUGGUCCGGACUGGCUGGCUCCACCCGAUCCUGAAGAUAUCUCCGGGGCGAGGCCUUUAUGCGAGCGCUAUAACGAGCAGAUUGCCGAGGACAUCACCUAUGACCUUGCGGAUGAGGUUGGACUGCUCUUCACCAAAGUGCCUGGAGCAGGCGAUGCCACAGCUGCACCGGGCGUGGUGGCGGAGGGUGGGGAAAAUGGAGGACUGGUAAAGGAGGAGAUUAAGGAGAUGGUGAUGGAGGAUGAGUAAUGAGUGGGAUGUGCAACAUUAUACUUUUCGGCGUACCAGGCUUUUGUUUUUCCAUCUCUCUGGGAUAUUCUUUUUUUUUUCUUCGUUUCCUGCGGAUAUCUAACUAGAAAAUGUAUCGGCAGGUUUGAUGUCAGUGAUAGAGUUGCCGUUUAGUGGUGGGGUAGAGCGGAUUGGAUCGUGUUCGGCAUUAGGAUAUUCACGCAUGGCGCAUCUCGUGGCAUUAAUAGUCCAAUUUAAAGUGCAAAACAAUUUCCCACUCU